ACAGAAGCGUCUAGGGGCAAGCGAUGGUGAACUGGAGUAGAAAUCUAGCCGUGAAUCUUCAAUGUAGAAGGAUGCCCUAGACUGGCUGGAGAUCAGUAGCAGGGGAAGGUGAUUCUAAGCGGCGCAUGACUGUGAGCAGAGCUCAGAGAGAAGAGAGCACAGUGAGGAAGUGUGACGCUGAUCUGCUGGUUACAGGAAGCCUUCACCGACGAAGGAACUAAUGUUAGUGAAAGCUGCUGAGAGCACUAAGGAGUAAGAAGCUUCAGAAGGAAUACUGAGGAGAGAAGAUGCCUGUCCCCCCCCCUCCGCCGGCCGCCCCCCCUCCCCCCACAUUUGCUGUGGCCAAUACAGAAAAGCCUGCUCUCAACAGGUCUGAACAGCAAGGAAGAAAUGCUCUCCUAUCAGAUAUAACAAAAGGAGCUAAAUUAAAGAAGGCCGUUACUAAUGACCGAAGUGCUCCAGUAUUUGACAAGCCCAAGGGGUCAGGAGGUGGAGGAGGUGGAGGAGGAGGAGGAGGAGGAGGAGGAGGAGGAGGAGGAGGUGGUGGUGGUGGUGGUGGUGGUGGAGGAGGAGGAGGAGGAGGGGGCGGAUUUGGGGGAGGAGCCCCCGGAGGACUCGGGGGUCUGUUCCAAGGAGGGAUGCCGAAAUUGAGGUCUGCAGGAAGCAGAGACAGUAACGACUCUGGCGGGGGCAGAUCUCCAUUGCUGCCCCCUGGAGGACGAGCAGCUGCCCCCAAGCCCUUUGGAGGGAGCUCCGGCGCCCCCCCCAGGCUCCCUGGCGCACCCCCCUCCGCCCCGAGGAGCAGCGGUCCUGAGCUGCCCAGAGGACGUGGGGCUCUGCCCCGGCCGGAGCCUGGCGGUGGGCCGCCCCCUGUGCCCAACACCCCUCGGCCCGCUCCAGGGGGCUUCCAGAACAGGGGCCCCCUACCCGUGCCAGGAGGUGGCCGGCCCCCAGGGUCCAGCCCCGGUCCUCCGCCACCGGCGUUACCUAACCGGAACCAGGGGCCUCCUCCUCCUGUACCGGGAGGCUCCCCCUUCUCCCGGCAGCCAUCUCUGUCCAGCCCACCUGUGGCCAGCUCAGGCCGGCCCCCCCUGCCCCCUGCACCUGGCAGGCUGUCCGACGACCGGCCCCCAGCUGUGCCUCUGGGAAGCAGGCCCUCCCUGCACAGGGACGGAGCCCCUCCCCUCCCCUCUCAGAACAUCAAGCCCCCCGUCUCCUCGGCUCCUCGUCCAUCCCUGUCCUCCGGGGCGCCCCCACUGCCGCCCGGCAGACCGGGCCCGCCGCCCUUGCCUCCGACGACAGGCGCGGACGAGGAAACUCCCAGGCUCCCUCAGAGGAACCUGUCCUUGAAUUCCCACGCUCCUGCGCCCCCACCAGGCCGGACUGGCCCCCUCCCACCACCUCCCAUUGAGAGACCCCCGCCUCCUGUCCGAGACCCGCCGGGACGCACAGGACCCCUACCACCUCCCCCAGGCAGAAACGGAGGGAGCAUGAGGUCAUCGCCAGCCCCCCCGCCGCCCAACAGACCAGGAGCGGAGCCUCCCAGAGGAGGGCACAGACCGCCUCUGCCCCCUGACAGGCCUGGGGCUCCCCCUCCACCCAUGAGGAAUGGCUACCAGGACUCCCCACAUCCAGCGGGUGGAGAUGACUGGGAAGGCCGGUUUUUCUUCCACCCUCUGUCAGAUUUGCCCCCUCCUGAGCCCUAUGUGCCCUCCCCGAAGACCUACCCCAGCAAGCUGGCAAAGAGCGAGACCAGAGGCUCAGGGCGAAAAGAAAGGGGGGCCCCCCCACUUCCUCCCAUCCCCAGGUGAAAGAAGACUUCCUGUGAGCCGCACUGAACGUCCUGGGAGCACUUCCUGUUUCCAUCCCAAAGACACUGUCUGCGGUUAUCUCUUUCAGCUUAGUACUUCCAUAGUUUUCUGCAGCGAGAACACCAAGAGCGCGUUUGUGCUACAGUGAUGUGCAAUGCUCAGGUCUACAGCCCACGAUUUAUAAUUAUGUUUGACUUACCAAUACGAGUGCCUUACAUUUCAAAUAUUGUUUACAAAGUUAUAAGACUUGGGGGUCCUUGUGGGUGGGGUUUCUAAUGUCCUGGUGAGCUCUGCUAUCAGGAGAAGACCGUUUUAAGCAGCCAUGAUAAUUCUGUAAGAACAAUUUAUUCCCCAAACAUCGAAAGAUGUUGUUUUUGGUGCCUUCAAGAAUUGCGCUAGAAUUUACAGGAUUUCAAUGAAGCAAUAUACAGCCAGUCUAUUCUCAUGUAAUCUUAAAAAAACGUAGCAUUAAAGGAGCUGACUUUACUCUUUGGAGCCUAAAUAGUGCCAGUGUUACAUUUUGAAUUUGGCCUUUCCUUCAUGUCUUAUCUUUAUUUUGUAUGUGAAUAAAUGGCUAUUGAACUCUCCCUGGUGGAGAAAUAUUUACAGUAUAUGAAGUUAAUGGUGUCUCUGUAAGUGUCCUACUUAUUUUAUCUAUAAAAAGGUCCUUGAAUUUUUUAGAUAUUUGAAAUGGGAUGAAACAUUCAAAACCUGGGAUUAUUAACCAUACCAAUAACAAUUUUGUCAGUAGUAGCGAAAAAUGAACAAAUAAAAGAGAAUGCUACAGCUGAGCUUUGUCCGUAUUUGAAUUAAUUGCAACCGUUUAAGCAUACAAUAAUCAGAAAAUGUUUUUCAGCACAAAGUAUUGUAAUGCGUUGAUUAUGUAAAAAAACGUUUCAAAAACCUGUAAGUUCUUCAAAAAUAUCGUUUUUUUAUUUGUUUGUGCAUUACAGCCUAAAAGCUGUACACAGAAAUGCUUUACCAGCAAUUUUUAUUUCAUAACAUGUUGAAGACUAAUUCUGUAUAAUAAAAAUGAUCAUGCAUCAUG